GCACGUUGGUUCAUUCACAGACACACUCUGGAUUAGCACAGCACCUUCACAGAAGCGCCUUCACAGGGCUCCUCGGAACGCAGGAGGUUCGCCAACCUUCCCCGACGUGAAUAAAACAUGAAAAUGUCAGCGGCGGAGAUCAGCCAGGUCCUCAAGGAGGGAGAGCUGGAGAAGAGGAGCGACAGCCUGCUCCAGUUCUGGAAGAGGAAGACGUGCGUCCUGACCACGGACAGCCUCAACAUUUACGCCGACACGCAGAAGCGCUCCAAGGGCAAGGAGCUGAAGCUGCAGUCCAUCAAGAAGGUGGACUGCGUGGAGCGCACCGGCAAGUUCGUCUAUUUCACCAUCGUGACCACAGACAAUAAGGAGAUCGAUUUUCGGUGCUCCGGGGAGGAGAACUGCUGGAACGCGGUGAUCACCAUGGCGCUGAUUGAUUACCAGAACAGGAAGGCCAUCCAGGACUUUAAGACGCGGCAGGACAACGAGAGCGCGUCGCCCGGACUGCAGGAGAGGCGCAUGGCGAGGGCGCCCUGAGCCGCCGGGAGACUCCGGCUGUGAACUGGACUCCAAAUAUGUGUCAUGUGGACCAUGCAGACAUAAAAAAAAAAAAACACGCGGACCAAAAGGAAGACGAGGUCAUCCGGUCCAGAGAUGAAGGACUGAGUUCUCGGAGACAAAACGAGAUCCAACCCGACAGACAGAGACUCUGAGAAGCUUCACAAAGGGCUGAACUGUCGACAUUAUUUCACUCUCCUCGGAGGAAUGACUCCCUAAAACCAUAAUUUAUUUGUUUCCAGGAUGUGGUGUGACUGGCAAACAGCUUGUGUUGUUUAAAUUAUUUACUAUUCAAUGUGUGUUAAGUGUGUAUUUAUUUGAAUAAAUAUCAAUGCUUCUUUUGACACAA